CGGCCGGCGGGACCCGAGGGCGCGGAGCGGCCCUGCCCCGGCAGGCGACAGCGGCCCGUACCGUCCGGCGAGCCUGAUGUUCACUUCGCGUUCUGUCAAAUGUACUUUGGCACACAAUGAAACGUAGGCAACCUCAGCCUUUAACUUUGAGCUGGAGGAGGUCGAGCUGUUUAUCUUCAGCUUAAGAAAGCAAAACUGCAUGGGAACUUUAUGCUGUGGCAGAGCGUUAGUGUCCAGGCCAAACAUCAAAUUAAGAUUCAAGCACCCUUUAAGGACCAAUGUACCCAAUAGCUCAUGGAAGAAAAAAAUCAAAACAGGACAUCCUUGGUUUCCAGGCUACCGAAAUAUGGAACGAAAACUUUAGGGAGUGCUUUGCAACCUAUGCCAAACGGGACGGCUGUGAAUUUAGCAGGGAGUAAUGGUGGCAAAAAUUUUGGCAAGCACAAUGGCACUGUUGGAAUGUCUUCCCUUGCUUUCAACUGGAAAAAAUCAAACAAAUAUCAGCUUAAUGAUCAGAAUGGGAGAGAGCCCAACACCAAACGCAACUGUAAUGAAAAAUUAAUUGAUUCUGAGAAGUAUCCUCAAUCUCAAAGAGCAUUGGGCAAUGAUGAGCUCAGGGUGGGUUUGAACAGUACUGCUUCGGUUGUGUCAAAAGCAGCAAAGCAAACCAAUAUGUUUGUGUCUUCUACUGAGGAAUUAAACCCAAAGUCUAUACCUGGACUCUCUAGUUCAGCUAAAUUCACCAAAGGUACCCUGUCAGGAAGGACAUACUCUGGACUCAAUGCUCCAAGAUCAAAUUUAAAUGGAUUCUAUGGAAAUCGGCCAGUGGUAGGUUUGCAGAGACCUAGAGCUAAUUCCAGUACCACAAGGACAAAUUCAGGAGAAAGCCUGGCACAGUCUACAGACAAUAGCAAGGCUUUUUCCUGUGACAAAAUGGUAAGAUCACAAAGUUUUUCACAUUCCAUUCAGAAUUCUUUCCUUCCCGCUGCAUCUCUAACCAGGUCACAUUCCUUUAAUAAAGCUGUGGAUCUUACAAGGCCUUACCAUAGUCAAAAUCUUGCUGCCAGGACAGCUCAGAGGUCUACUCUGCUGUCAAGAAACGCGUGUCAGUUGGAUGUACCCAAUGGAAAUGAGCCGAUGAGGUAUGGAUUUACCAGACCGUACUCAGCUAUGUCAGCUCCUUGUUCUAAGAAACCCCCGCUGUCAAAUGGAUCUGGGUCAGCACCUUCCUAUGGAUACAGAUUAGGUCGGCCUUCUCUGCUGAAGCCUACCAGGCAGCGGUUUGCUGGGGAUGCUGGAUCCCUUGUGGAUGGCAGCAAAAGUGUGGCUCCGGACACGCGCAUUGUGGAGAAUGUGGAGAUUUCAGCAAAUAUCAAUAGAGCUGUAGAUAAAAACAGUAUUCUAGAGAGCAGGGCUCAAAGAACAGAACCUGGUGAGGGCCUGCAUGAAAGUCUGGGAAAACAUGGGUCAAAAGUGAUGUGUAUGAGUGAUGAUGGAGAUGAAAUAUCUAUAUCUUCUUUGUCAUCCUCUGAGAAAAACGAUUUGAGUGAAGACUUCAGUGAUGAUUUCAUAGAUAUAGAAGAGGCAAACAGAACUGUACAAAUCCGGCAGAAGGAGAGCUGCCUUCAGAAAUUAGAGCAUGGGAGCAGAACAUCCAUCGAGCCGUUCACGUCUCUCAAGGAAGGUGGAGGAUCUUGCUGUAAUGCUGAUGACUGGCUUGAUAUAAAUGUGUCUGCAGUGGAUGACAACAGUGAAAGCACAAAACACACUACUGAGAAUGUCAUCUCUUCAGAGAUGAACUACAGAGCUGGCUCCUCCUUUGAACUUUCUCCAUCUGACAGCUCUGAUGGCACAUAUAUGUGGGAUGAGGAAGGGCUGGAACCUAUAGGAAGUGUCCAUCCGUGUGGAAGUUACGACUCUUCAGAAAUGAACAGCAUAGAUAUCUUAAAUAAUCUUGAUUCAUGUGAUCUUGAAGAUGAUGAUCUCAUGCUUGAUGUGGACCUGCCUGAGGACCCACCUCGUGACAAAGAGGAAUGUGAGAAUAUGAGCCGCUAUGACAGACAAGACAGAAAUGCGAGACAACAUCAAGAGGGAUUCUGGAAAAGAGCACCACAGCAGCGAUGGAAUACACAGGAGCACUAUCAUCUUGGCCAUACUGACCAUUAUAUCCAUGGUAAAAAUGAUUUGAACAGGGGUUCAAACUACCUGGAGCCUGCUGUGGGUCCCCUGGAGAGCUAUGGAGCGGGCAGCGGUUACCAGGCGCCGCGGGCGCUGGCAGAGAACACGGUGAUGCUGGACGAGAUGACCCUGCGGCACAUGGUGCAGGACUGCACCGCUGUCAAAACCCAGCUCCUCAAACUCAAGAGGCUGCUGCACCAGAAUGAUGAAAAUGUGUCAUUCCAGGACAUCACAUUCUCAGUUCCAUCAAGUCCAGAACCACAAGAACCUGAGUCAACUUUUAAGAUGGAUGAUCUGCUGAACGAGAUCAGGCAGCUUAAAGAUGAACUGAGGAAAAAGGAUGAAACAAUCAACCAAUUAGAGCAACAGCUUGCCACUCGAUGUAACUGCCAGAAGGACAGUCAAAAACCUCCAGGGGCAGUGCGUGCCUGUGCUGAUAAAUUCACGCAAACCUCCUGGAGGAGGAGUUCUCCUCAAGUACUACAGCCUUCCAGCAGCCUUCCCAAUUCCACAGACCUCGCCCAGGGAAAACUAAUAAAAACUCCACAUAUCGAGGCCCACAGUGAAUAUCAUAAACCAGAUCUGCAUGACAGUAGAAAUCAUCAGAGUCCAAAUGCUGCAAAUGUCUCUCUCCCAAAUAGCCUGAAUGACAUAAACUCUUUAACGAGCAUACAGUUAAACACAAAAGAUGAAAAUCCAUCAUAUUUGGACAAUUUGAAAAACAAAAACACUGAAGACCCUGGAGAGGUGGCUAGUAAUAAGAAAGGUACAUUACCACUUCGUUCCCACUUUCAUACCUCUACACGAGCUGAUGCUCCAGAGGUGCAGACUGGAUUAUCUGUGAAAGGUCCACCCUCAUUCACAAACCAGGCUUCUCAGCCAAAGACUUCAAGAAUCGUGAAACCCCCAACUGCUUUAGUGCCUCCUACCAUGGCUGUUCCCAUACGAUCUGCAGAUCAUUCCACUGCUUCCAAGGAAUGUGAGCGUCUACCACCGAGUAGUUCGACUCAGCCACAGCAAACAUCUGGGCAGGAUAACCUAAAGGUUAAACAGAGUCAGAAAGUGUCUAAACUUCGCCCACCAACUACGUCCUUUGUUAAAUCCAAGCAAGUGAGCAGUCAGAAAUCCACACCAGUACCUCCAGAGCCUCAGAACACCUCCCUAAAGUCUAACAUCCCAAGGCCACCAGUCCAGAGAAAGGAAAACGUGCAGACACACUCCUCUGGUUUGCAUUCCGGAGACAGCAUGCCCCCUGGUCGGCACUCCCGCCUCCCGAAACCAAAGACACACUGAGGCCGCUCGCACAUCUCACCGCACGAUGCCACGCCCUUAGCCUCUUCCCGUGUUGUGACUGCCUUGGAGCCCGCUCUACCUGCAGCCUGCAAAUCCUGAGUCACUGUUCCAAAUUGCAGCUUUUUUGGGUUUGCAUUCUCCAUCCUGCCGUGUUCUGAGGCUGAUGUUAUGAGCCGUUUCUCUUGAGAGUGCUUUAUUUUAUCGCUGGUCUGUAAUAAAGAUGGUAUUGCAAUCUUAGUAAUUAAGCAAAUGCUGAAGUCUGUGGUGACCACAAAUGCCAGAAUGCUGCACUAUUUAUUUCAGGAUAGCAGAAAUUAUUUCAUACCUCUCUGAGUUAUUAGAUAAUGAAAUUGCUGUUCUGUUUGACUUCUUGGUUCUGAGUACUCAUUAGGUCAGAGUGGUAGAAAAUUAGACUGACUAGCAGAUGUUUUAUUGGCCAUAAUCCUGACUCUGUAUUCCAGAGGCCUAUGCAAAAAUCCUUGUAUUUAUCAUUCUCUCAAGACUGUCAUAUUUAAUGUUAUUUAAUCUGAUGGGUUGGGUGGGUUGUGUUGUUUUGUUUUGCUGUAAUCUGAAGUUGCUCUGUUCUUUAUUUAUCCCGUUUUCACUGUUCACAGACAUUAGGCCGAUUUCACAGGGUGAAACGAAUCUUCUCACUUAAACAUCCUCAUUCGUUAAAUGAUUGUGGUAUGUUUUUAUUGUGUUGAAUAGACACAUUACCGGGUAGAUUCUUGAAAUGCAGUGCUAAGGAUAUUUAUCCAAACCUUCCAAUGCAGGCUCUUAGGAAUUGGUAAGUAGGGAGCCUCUGGGAAUAAGGGGUCCAGAACACCUAUGUUGAGGUUGCACAACAUGCAUUUUAAUUGAUAUUUUAAACUUUUAUUGUUCUGCUUGUAUUUAUUGAUUUCUGUUUAAUAUUGAAAGGCUCUGAAGUACCUGACUUGAAAUUUUGCACAAACUUUGCCAUAUGUGUAAGAAUUUGAAACUAUUUUACAGAAUAAAACUUAUAUUAAAAAAUAACUAUUUUUUAAAAAGGAAAAAAAAAAUAACCCCACUUAUAUGCUUUGAGUAAUCCUAUUAUGUCCUAAUCCAGAGCUGGUACUCUUAAGAGUUUUUCAAAGAUGUGUUAUUUUGUUUUUUUUUAAUUUGGUUUUGUUUUGGUGUUUGUUUGGGUUUUUUCUUGUAAUUUCUGAAGAAGUGCAUGAUACCUGGUAAGGAGCUUUUUGGGGAAACUAAGCAUAAAAAAAAAAAAAUCUAUGUUUUUGUGCUCUCUAGGAGAAGUAUUUUUUCUGAAAGUAGUCUUGGUGCACUCUGGGACCAUGACACAAAUGAUGUGAGUUACAUAUGCGCAUAUCCAGUGAAGAGGCUUUCCAGAAAUUUGAUGUUAUAGCCCAUCUCCAAUUCUUCCUGUCUUUCCCAUGACUCUUCAGAUGUUACUGGUUGAGUUCUUUUUUCUUCUGUUCUGAAGGUGAUUUUAACAACAGCAGCAGAAGGCUGUUGCAACAACUUGGCUCAGAAUCUGUUCCUGAAGAGCACAUAAUCUCAGUAAAAUGCAACAAAGUGUUAGUUUGUUCUAGGCUCUGGCUGUAGGACACUGAUACAUUACAGUAUUUUCUUUGAGAGAAUUAAAGUGAGUAGGUGUAGACAUUUCAUAAAUCAGUAUUCAGAUUCUAUAAUAUAAGCCCUUUAACUGGGCAUGUCCUAAUGGAUACCUCAGUUGGGUGAAGGAAAAAAGAGUUGUCACACCUGAGUUUUCAGUACAUAGUUGAUAUUCAAUAAUUAUUUUGGAUUUCUCACACUGUAAUUUUAUUUAACUGACAAUGAAGUGGAAAAAUUAAAAGCUUGGGGGGAAAAAAUGGGUAGGGGGAGAUUCUUUUUCAGAACUAUUUACAUCAGUCUGAAAUAAGGGACCUGCAAGACUUGCUAUGAACUGAGGCGAUGACAAUGUAAGCAAGACAUAACAAGACAAAUAAGGUUAAUUGUUCUAGUUGAUAUAGGGUCAGAAACCACAACUUGAGAUUGCAGUAACAGUUAUGCUCUGGUAAAAAGUUACCUCCAUGAAAAGCAUUGAAUUAGUGGUAUUUAGUGUACGUAUUUACUUGAAUAAAAAUAAAUAAAUAAGACUCACUUUUUAUAUUCCCCAAAACUAGCUCCUGGCAGCUAACUGUGUUUCUCAGGAGUUUAAAGACUGCUGAGGGAAUGAGCAGCUUCCUGGUUCAUUUUCCGGUCCAUAUAGAUUUCUAUGGAAGGUGUGUUUUUUAAGUUUACUUUCCUUGAAGAGAAGCUGAUUUUAUUGUUAGUUGUAUAUGAUUUUCUGUAAAAAUACAAUUUCAUCUAAUGUUAUUGCCAGAAAUUCAUCAUAUUCUGCUUCUUAUUCUGGAGGUAUUGCCAGCCUGAUUUAGUGAUGUUUCAAUUUUUAUGUUUACAUUUAAAAGUACAAGUAUCUACAUCUUUAUUCAUAUCUGCACCUUUACUGAAAAUUAAGGAGAUGAUCAAAGCAAAUUAAGCCAAGAAUAUCGAGAUGAUCAAGGUUUUCAUUAAAAAAACCAGUUCCUAAUUUUUUUUCCAGAAGAAAAUGCUAUAUUUAUAUGGGUGUGUAUAUAUGUAUUAAAGGAACUUAAGUAGAUUAUAGUCCUUUUUUAUAGCAUUUCCCCGUUUUGUUCUGACAGAUUAGUGAGACACUGAGCUGGAGCCAGCAGGAUUUGAUCAUGGAUGAGACAGAUGCUAGCCUGGCUUGUGUUUGUGUUCAGCUGCUAACCUCGCAUCCGUCUAAGACAACUGCAUGAUUGGGCUCUUCAGACUUUACCAGGGAAGGCUCUGUUGCAUGUAUAGUAAGUCCAGAGUAUGGCAAAGCCUGUCAGGAGAUGGGCAGCUGGGAGAGAAGUGGUGAAGAAGUGAGAUUUGAAGCAUAACCUUGGUGAAAGAUGAGGUUUGGGGAGUGCUGGAUGAGAGGGCACUGAGAGUGCUUGUCAAAUGGGAUUAAGUGAGUAUUUUCAGGUACCAUAUCUACCUUAUGGAAAGUGCAGAUAUAUCAUCAGUACUGGUGCAGAUUAUCCAAAAUGUGUAUAUUUAAAUAUUUGAUAUCUUCAGGGGGUUUUUUAGGUUUAUAAAACUGAUUUUUUUGCCAUUUUUUUUUUAAUUUCUCAUUCUUUUGUGCAAUAUUCACAAAAGUAUUAAACUACUGUUCAGUAUGUGUGUACAGAGGCAAUUACGUGUUUUAACAAGUGAAUAAACACAAAAGAAAAGAACAGAAUUGCACUUUAAAUGAGCUUUAUUGCUUGGAGUUGUGCCUAAAAUAAUCUAGAUGCCUCCUGCUGUGUGUGGCUUUUGUUUGAAACAAAUUUCCCGGUAGUGUUGCUGUUUCCAAGGUAUUUUCACAUCACUUUCACAGGAUCGAUAUGCACUCUAGCAUGUUUAAAAGUAUUCAUAUAGUGUACUGAGUUUUUGUUGUGCAAUGACCUUAAUUUAACUGUGGAAUUCUAACACUGAUGUUACAGCCAGAUCAUUAUUACCUUCUCCUUCCCUGAAGCUAGCACUUCCUACUGCCAAUCAAAGCCAAUGGCAAAAUUUCCCUAGGACUAGCAUAGCUUUUAAAGAAUAAUGGUCCCAGAAGAUGCUUUUGAGAAAAGAAGUGCAAUAUUAUCUCUCCAACUUUCUCAAAAUAAUUACGAAGGCCCUGAAAAUCCAAAAAAUGAUACAAUUUUCAUACAGUUCCGAAAAAAAAGAAAGGGUUCCUCAACUUUCCAUCUUGUAGCAGUGAGAGUAGGCAUAGCAACUAGACUGCAUCAUAGGUCAGUACAGUUCAUUUAAUCCUUGAUCUAAAUGCUGAUUUGUUGUAACGAUGCCUGAAAACUGAAUACCAUUUGCGUGAUUUCCUUUGUUUGCAUGUCACAGCCAUAUGCACAUUCUAAAGUAUCAUACUGGGGUAGGUUGCAUGUUGGGGGGGAAGUAUUUCUGGUUUUGCACAGCACAUAAUCCUCUUAAUACAGACAUUUUCUUGCUGUACAAAUGGAAAUCAGUUCUUGAAUUUGGCUUCCGUAGCUGUUCCUUAUCUUGUUACAGAGGCUUUUUCUGAGCAGAGUGGAUUUAAUGUGACCCUGGUGGUAGGGCUCAGUAGUCAUCUUACAACUGUGCUAUCAAGGAAAUUCAGUCACUGUUAUGGUAAAGCUGCUCACUGCCUACUUAAUUGUAAAAGCACCACCAUAAAACCAACAUAACUCCUGUGUAGCAAAAUCUUCAAUUCAGUAGUAGCUAAAACAAGAGGUAUCCUUACUAUCUGCUUUGUUGUUUUUGGUUUUUUAACCCAGGCCAGAGUAAAUACUGUAUAUUGGAAUUUGCUUGUAAAGUUGAUUAAAAAACCUGUAUGUAAAAAUUCUUUCCUCAAUGUUGCUCUAGUGAAUAAAAAUUAAAGUCAUAAUUCUAAUAAGUA